AUGACCUACCUGCCCAUUUCGACUGCUAUCUGCAUCGGUUGCACGAAGAUCAAGGAGAACACUGCCGCGAGGGAGAGACUCAUUGAUUAUGACAAAGUUAUGUAUCCUCUCGAAAAUAGGCGGAUUGUCAUUCUCAUCCAGCACGUCGAUAUGAAUGGCCAGCUGACUAGAGAGCACUUUGGGGCGCCCAUGGUCCUCCGCGUGCAGAACAAAAUCGUACGCUUUCACCUGCUCAUAGUCCAAUGCGCUGAUGAGUCGCAGCUGCAGCGGCUGACCGCCCUCGUAGGGACCCUCCAGUCGAAAGGGAAAGGUGGCAUUCCAGUGGUUUGGUGCAUGCGUUGGUGCAAGUAG